UCCCUUUCACCCAAAACGUAUACCCAUAUGUGAGGGAAACACCUCCCACAAAAUUAGAUUCCCUGUCACUUUGGGUAUAAAAACAAGGACGGCUAUUGUUACAGGUAUCAGUUCAGCAACUGUUUCAGCACAACUCCCACCUUCAUUCAACAUGAACAAGUUCAUCAUCCUCGUUGCUCUCUUCGCUGUCGCUGCAGCCGAUUCUUACAAGGCCGCCGAAUACGCCCCCAAAUACGAGACUCCCAAAUACGAGGAAGUCACUUACGCCCCUCAGCCCUACAGCUUCGGCUAUGACGUCCAGGAUAAGGAAUCCUACAACGAUUUCGAUCACGCUGAGAAAUCGGAUUCCUACGGAGUCACUGGAUCUUACCGUGUUGCCCUGCCCGAUGGCCGCACCCAAAUCGUGACCUACAAGGCUGAUAAGGACGGAUACACCGCCGAUGUUAAAUUCGAAGGAGAGGCCAAAUACCCCGAAUACAAAGAGGCCGAGUACAAACCCGCUGCCUACCCCGCUCCAGCUUACAAGGCUCCCGAAUACAAAGCCCCAGCCUACCCCAAAUACUAAGAUCCAGCCCUUCUACCGUUUCGUCUUUUAGCCUAAUUUAUUGACCUUUGAAAAGAGAAAAAAAAAAGUAUAUGAGUGUUAAUUCAUAGGAGUUUAAGUGGCAAUACCAUCUUGGUCACAGACAACAUCUUUGGCUCUGCAGAAUGUAAAUACAACUCUUGACACAAA